GUUCUUGCUGCAGCUGUUUCUGAGUCAUGUAUUUGGUGCCUCUGUUACUAGUGUUACUGUGGCUGAUAUUUAGCCAUUUGUAGGGUGAUCCUUUUGAGGUAAGUUAUUCUUAAGCCUUAAAAUAGAAAUAAGUUACAACUUCAUUUGACAAAAGAGAACAAACUUAAAACACUGCUACCUACCUGAAAAAUGUCUGCUACUGCCCAUGACUUUGAGCUUGUGAGAAUUCAGACUCAUGUUCUUAAAGUUCAGAUCAACUGUCAUGGAUGCAUGCGGAAGGUGAAGAAACUGCUUAAAAGAAUUGAAGGGGUUUAUCAAGUGAAAAUGGAUGUUGAUGAACAAGUUGUCAUAGUAUCUGGGAAUGUGGACUCUGCAACACUGAUCAAGAAGCUAAGCAAAUCUGGGAAACAUGCAGAGCUUUUAUCAGAGAACCCAAUGGAAAACCAAAAAGCAGAACUACUCUAUAACUGGUUCAAUGAUGACUUUCACCAAAACGAGGGAGCUCUAAACUGGUGUGAGGAUGAGAAGACUCAAAACAGAGCACUCCUUAACUGGCUCAAUAAUAACAAGCAUCAAAACCAAAUGUACGGAUCAUACAACUCUCUUGGAACCUCCAAGAGAAGUCCUAUGUGUGCCCCUAUUGAACGAGGCUUCGAUCAUUGGAACAACAAACAGUUUCUGGACCAAAGUAUCCGAAUUGACUCUCUCUCAGCUGAGGCAAAUCAGAACCUUUGUGCACUAGGAAACAUGGAUUAUCCAUAUAAUGUUCAGGAAGAAAGCAUCAUUAACAAUGCAGUUUUCGGAAGAACUUCUUCAUUUGGAGAUCUCCAAAGUCUACAAGGUAGAAGAAAUUCAAUGGUUGAUUUUCAAGGUCUCCGAAACAAUAAUCUUAGUUUUGCUCCAAACCAAGGUCUCAGAAGUAUUAAUUCCCGUUUUGCUGAUUUGGGAAGUGAAGAUUCAGUACUACAAAACUUACACACUGGUCAAGGGGCAUAUGGAUAUCAACCAAGGCCAUUCAGUGAGAUGAAUGACAGGCAGGCUUACCAUUACAAAUAUCCAGCUUCAACAAUGACGUCUUUUUUAGAUUAUCCUUCAACAAUGAUGAACUCUUACAGGCAGAACAGCCAUGGCAAUGGCAUUGACAACUUCACCAGUGAUAUUUACACAUAUCAACCAGGAAGGAUUCUCUAUCAGACACCCUAUGGUGUCUUCCCACCCAAUUACAGCCAUACUUGGAACAUGAAUAACUAUAACAAUUGAGAAACUUACCAUUCGUAC